AACAUUUGAAAAGCCAAACAGGCGCGGAAUUUGAGAUGGAAGAAUACAAGCUGGGGCCGAAGAGGGCAGGAAAACAUGAACGAAGACAGAUAAAUGGUAUUUUAAGAAUAGGGAUGACUGAAAAGGUGACGAUGAAAAUAGGAUUUUAGGCACCGUAUUGUCUGACCAGGGGCUAACCACGCAAAGACUUCUGAAGUACUUGUGUAAAUGAGAUUUUUUUUCUUCUGUUUUUUUCUCUUCCUCUUCUAGGUUGCUCAAAAUCAAAUCACCGCAUCCCACUCUAGUCGGCAGGGGAGAAGCACUUCUGACGUCCAAUUGAAUACUCGAUCUUGUAGUGCAGUAAAUGAGUUCUCCUCCUGUUGUAACACGGAUGUUGUCUCCCAACCUUUGCCUCCGUUCAAUGGAUGUGAGUUCUGAGACGUAUAAGAGUGGCACACCCAAGCACGAGGAGAUCGAUUAGCUGCGUUUACAGGCACCUUUCAGUUUGUCAACGUUGUUGAUACCCUUCUCUUCCAGCAAACCUGUUUCUGAGGGUGUACCUACCAGAAAUCUGGGUCUGACUCUCCACGUGAUGUAAAAAAAACGAAGAAAGUAAACAAGGAAUGAUGAAUGAACAAAGGUGAACAGAGGGAAGAAUCAAUUGUGUAUAGUUCUGUAUCAAUUCGUUUGUUUGGAAAAGAAGCAGUGGGUGAAGAUCCGUGCUGUGUGGAUUGUAAAAGUUACCCAGGAGAAGACUUGUACAAAAGUAAAAAAUGUAACUUAAUAUUAAAUUCAUGAGGAUGUAGACAAAAGGUGUAACUCUUUGACUGUCAUUUAUUAAUCAAUUCUUUGUAAAAGAAGUAGCGAUACGUUACAAAAAAAGUAAGAAGUCAGAAAACAAAUAUGACCAUGGAAGGCCCGGAUUCUCAAGUAAUGUCGUAUCUCCCUGCAGAAGGACCAAGUCACAAUGGCAGCGAUGGGUUCGAUUAUUGUCAAUAUUCAUAUGAGAGACUCAAAAGAGAGGUCAGCCACAGCGAUGUUCAAUCUGUAGACAGUUUCUUCUUCAAUAUAACCCGGACAUGCUACUUAGACAACAACUUAACAUGCCCGGCUUACAUGUAUGAUCUGUCCGGUGAUGAAUUGAUAGACCAUUUAUCGUACAUCAUGCCGCCGUCGCAUUAUGAGUAUGCGUUUGUGAUACCGUUUGCCGUCAUCAUUCUCUCGCUAGUGUUUGUUGGAUUUUUUGGAAACCUCUUAACGAUCAUUGUCAUCUUGCGGAAUCGUGUCCUACAGUCAACCUCCCAUUACCUUGUAAGUUUAGCUGCGUCGGAUAUGUUGUUACUCGUGUUGACGGGACCCACAGAAGUCCUGGUGGAACUCCGCUACUGGCCUUGGACCUAUACGUCAUUUUUCUGUCACGCGCGGUUCUUCCUCAUCGAGUUCUGUCUUUUCACGACGGUGUUGCACAUCACCGCAUUCACCAUCGAACGCUACGUGGCGAUCUGCCACCCAAUGAAAGCGAAAGCGUUCAUCUCCACCUCUCGUGCCAUCAAGUUCAUCAUCGCCAUCUGGAUCUUGAGUUUCCUCAUCAGCAUCCCUCUGGCCCUCUCCUACCAUCUCAAGGAAGGGUGCGACGGCAUUGAGGAGUCCACGGUCUGCCAGACGACAGACGAAAUGGAGAAUCGUGUCAACCAUUUCUAUGUCUUUUCAGCAACUUUUCUCUUUCUCCUCCCCAUGACGCUCAUCAUCGUACUCUAUUCGCUCAUCGCCCGUGUCCUCUUUGGUGUCAACAUCAAGGUUCCUAUGAGGAGAUCGAGCUCCACGAAGGGUCGUUGCCGAGUCAAUGGCAACCUCAAGGCCAAGGAAGACAAAGAGGACCAAGUUAUCACGAUGCGAAAACAAGUGGUCAAGAUGCUAGUUGUGAUUGCGGCUAGCUUCUUCAUCUGCUGGUUCCCGUUUCAUCUAAUCCGCAUCCUGCCCUUCUUCAACCUGGAUGAGUGGCCCCAGCCUGUCCAGGAGAUCUACUACAGGGGGCUCUAUCACUUCUCCAUCGUUCUGCUCUACGUCAGCUCCGCCAUCAACCCCAUCCUCUACAACGUGAUGUCGGCGAGGUUCCGGCGUGCCUUCAAGCAGACGAUCCUCUGUCGCGAAGUAAGCUCCCCCCACAAUUCCAUGGCAACAAGGGGUCAUUCGACCUACAUAACCCGUACCUCCUCCAUCAAUAGCUCUGCCCUCUGAAGAAAAGGGGGAAAAACCGCCAGCACGAUCGCAUUUACCCGAAGAAGAAAAAGAAAUAAGGCAAUUUCAAAAAGCCCUGUUUAUCACCUUUAGAAAUGUACUAUGCUGCAUGACGUAAUCCGAAUAUUGGAUUUCCCCCAAGUUGAUUUCUCGAAGUAGUUGCGAUCGUGACCUCUGCUUUCCCUAUUUUACUAAUUCAGUUAAACCUGACCCUGAGUUAAACAUCACAGUCGACAGUUGGAACUGUAGGCCUCAUUAUGACUUUGGUUGCUACUUGUUAAACAAUAUUUUGAAGAAGAACAAAUUAAGCCCAGCGUCGGGUUUGAAUUUUAGUAGAAUU